AUGAAAGUUUUGUCCUUGUCCCGAGAUGUUUGCAGCGCUGCUGUCAUAGCCCUUUUUCUGGCUACAACCAGCGCGGCAUACUCGAAUCCCCUCGCAACAUCAGACCAACGGGACUUGGAUGACCUCGCCCUUCAAAUCUACCAGAACAACAGCUUUACCGUCCUCAAAGCCGAGGCAAAGGCCGCCUACAAAACAGCCCAUGGACUUCCCAUCAGCGACGAAGCCUCAUCAAGCCUUGACGCCGCAAUUGAAGAAUUGAUAUUCAGCGCAAUCCAAAAGGCAGUGAACAACGACUCCAACUACCCAAAGGUCUACUGGCUCGACGCCGGUCCACGGGAUUGGUUCGAUCUGGAUGUCGUUGGCGGACGAUACUCCUACGACAACCCGGACUGCAUCUACCGCACCAUUCCCAUCGACUACAGCCUCGACUACGUGAUCACAGGCUACCGCCACACACCAGCACCAGCGGAUACAACGUUUUCACUCAUAAGCGACGUUAAUUCCCAGAAUACUAUCGCAAGCAUCUCGAACAGUGACUUGAUUAUCAAUGACGAUGGAUCGUAUACUAUCACCAUCAACAGCUCCACGGCUGGAAACAAUACGAACCAUAUCCAGUCUACUUUGCUUGCAAAACAACUAUUUAUCCGCAAUAACCUAGGAGAUUGGCUCACACAAACACCUGACAACAUCACCGUGGAGCUGGUCGGCGGUACCUCUAGCACACCAAUCACCGAUGCAGAGAUCCUUUCAACUGCUAAAUGGAACUUACAAGAAUCGAUCAUCGACUAUGGAGCCGGUUCUCUGGGUAUCAAAACCUCGGUGAAUGAGGUGAACACGCUAUCUUCGCCUAGCCAGUCAAGCACGCUGGGAACGUUGACAAGCCAAGCAAGUUCAUUUGGACAUUUCUCGCUCGAUACCAACGAGACUCUGGUCGCUACCCUAACGCCAGGCGAUUCGACUUAUUGGGUCUUCCCCGUGACGGACCCGUGGAUGAUCACCGUCAACCCGGGGAGCAGUCAAGAUAGUUUGAAUAGUGAGCAGGCGGUCGCGAAUUCUAAUGGCACUUAUACGCUUGUUGUGUCGCGGGAGGAUCCGGGUGUUUAUAACUGGGUUAAUACGACUGGAUUGAAUGAGGGGACUAUAAUGGUGCGAUGGCAAGGAUUGCCGACGUCGGAUUCGGACUCCACCUCUGUUGCUAUUACUACGCAACUUGUUCAGCUCUCGGACCUCGCUUCUGUUCUUCCUACUGAGACAAAGUAUGUGACGUCUGAAGAACGUGCUGAUCAGCUUGCUCAGCGUGUUGCUGGGUAUGCCCUGCGAACGGUAGUUUAA